AUGCCUUCUCCUCACUCAGAGUUGGGCAUCCUCCCCAGUGCAAACUCACUCCUGACUCCCACAUCACCUGAACACAUCCCAGCAAUCAGGAGGAUCCAAGUAAACAAGACCUUCUAUGAGGUGCUUGAUGUAUUAUUCUCAAGCACAGGCUUUCUAGGAAGGGGUACUGUUUGUUACCUUGCAUGCUACAAUGGGGAAUACUACAUCAUCAAGGAUUAUUGGGUGGAGGAGUCAGAGCAGAGGACAGCCCUGCAUGAAGUCAACAUGAUGAAGCUGGUCCAGGACAUUGACAGAGUUCCCAAGUUGCAACACUACUGGGUCAUUGAGGUCGAGCCAGGCAUUGUCGAUAAAACUGAACGAUAUUGUGAUGAGAAGUGGCAAUUGUGCAUGAAGUCUUGGAGAACUCAUGUGCAAUUGGCUAUGAAGCCAUGUGCAAGGCCAAUGGUAAUGUUCAAGACAAAAAAGGAACUCGUUUCAUGCAUCCAAGAUAUUUUACAAAUCCAACAGCAGGCUCUCGAGAGGGGUGUCCUCCAUCGAGAUUGUAGCAUCAACAAUAUGAUGAUCAAGGACUUCACAAAUGGAUUGUGUGGCUUUCUCCUUGACUGGGAAUUUGCUGUACAGGUCACAUUACAGAGGCAAUAUGACUUGGGUAGCACAUGGACAGUCCCCUUCCUUUCAGUGAAUAUCCUUUGCCAACUCAAAGAAGCCAUCACUAAAAGUGGAAAGACUAAUGUCCCAUCAAUCUGGAAAAGUGCCUCUCUCACCUGCAUAUUCAUUGAUCACCCUACUACUAUACACCAUACAUUUGUGGACAAUAUCGAAUCCCUGUUCUACAUUUUCAUCUGGAUCCUCAUCCUUUAUGAUGGGCCACUUGGCCAUGAGCAUCACGAUAUCAGUCAUGAAAAGACACUUCUUGGCUUGUGGAGUGAAAAGGCAGCCAAAGAUCUCAAAAUUGCCAGAUGCACCAAGUUCACAUUCCUUAAUGACCUGUCCAAAUUGAGGCUGGAUUCCAAGGUCUUGCAAUAUUUUCAAGAUCUAAUCCCUCUGGCUAACAAGUGGUGCAUAUUGCUUGGGCAGCCCCUGCUGAGUGGAACUGCAGUGCAGUUCUCUGAUGUUAUCUCCCUUUUUGAUUGUUUCUUGGCCAGCAUGCCAUAUGUGAAACCACUAGAGAUGACAAAUGCAUUCCAGCAGAUCAUUGCCCAGCACAAAGCCCUUAAUUCAAGCAUGUGUCCGAGUCAGGAGAAUGAUAUGGAUGUUAUGUCUUCAGCAAUUAUGUCUUCUAAACACCUUUGUGAAGAGAAUCCUGUCCCUCAGUCUUCAACAGCAGUAGCAACACCUGUCUUCCAUCAGCACCCCACAGACUCCCAUCACUUUGGUUUCAGUGUUCUGGCUCAACAGCCAAGUCAUAUCAUGCCUUCUGGGAUGGAACCUGACCUUCAAGUGCUCAAUAAUAAUCCAUAUAUCACCAUGAUUCAUGGAGACCAAGUUCCCAGUAAUACAUCUCAUCCACCAACACCCCAGCCCAACUACCAGUCUCAGUUGAUCCCCCACCAGCCACCUGCUACCAUCCCCAACUCUUGUAUCAACCCCUCCCUUGAUAGCUCACUCUCAUUGAGACAAACUUUGGCAACCGCUGAUGUUCACCACAAGAGUUCAGAGAAGCUGUCAUCAGAGGGCUCCUCAGCAGAGGAGUUGGAGUCCUUGAGUAAUAACCCAUAG